CUUUAUCUGAAUCAUUUCAGAUAGUUUAAGAAUUUUGAGGAUCAAAUAAGAGUUUUGCAGUGUAGCUCGUCGCUUUGCUUAACUCAAUUAUAAAUAAAAACAGAAAUCAUUUGUUUUGGGUGUUGAUGAGGACAAAUUCAAUUUUUUAGUUUGUCUUAUAAAAGCUUCUGUUUUAUUCUCUAUGUAUUCAUACUUUUAUUGAAAAUUCAGUUUUCAUAUUCAAAAGGAAAUUUUCAAAAAAAAUUUAAUUAUUACUUUGUUUUAGAAAUUAUUUAUUCUAUAUGGCUGUUGCAGUUGCUGUGAUCAGUAAAGAGAACUACCCUCUUUAUGUAAAGACAGCUUCGCCGGGAAAUGAUUUGAAGUUUCUCUACACAAUACAUACUUCCCUUGAUGUGAUUGAAGAAAAAGUGCUAUCUGGCAAUAAGGCUCUUUCUGAUUUGAGAGAGUUAUAUUUAGGAUUACUUUAUCCGACAGAAGACUAUAAAGUAUAUGGAUAUGUAACGAACACGAAGAUUAAAUUUGUUGUGGUUGUGGAGUCAUCUCACACUACAUUAAGAGACAAUGAAAUCCGUCAGAUGUUUCGUAGAAUUCAUUCCGCAUAUGCUGAUAUGGUAUGCAACCCAUUUUAUUUACCAGGAGAAACUAUUUCUUCCAAGUCUUUUGAAGCUGUAAUAAAAAGUAUAAUGUCUCCAGAAUAAAUGUUAGCUGUUACAAUAAUGUAAGAAAAAAAUGUGUAAUUUAAUGUUUUGUACAUUCUUUGUUAAUAAAAUAUUUGUAGCUUAA